GGAACUGCGGAACAUCGCCAUUAAAGAACAACGCCACUUUCGAUUUAGAAUUUCUGUUCGUUUUCUGGGGGAAAUUGUGAUAAUGAAGCUUUUCUUUAAUGUACUUGCAGUGGUUUGGUUUUUACUCGACCAUGGUGUGUCUGGUGUUUAUACAGAGAGAGUGUCAGUGUCAGUGAUGGAGGGAGAUUCAGUCACUCUACACACUGGGGUUGAAAGACAACACCAAGACAGUAUUAAGUGGUAUGUCAGCAGCAUUCGCAUCGCUCAAAUCAAUGGAGAUCUCAGUUUUAUCUGUACAGAUGUUCGGUGUAAUGAAGGAACUGAGAGAUUCAGAGACAGACUGAAGUUGGAUCAUCAAACUGGAUCUCUGACCAUCACAAACAUCACAAACACAGACUCUGGGGAAUAUAAACUAAAGAUCAAUAGCAGUGAAAAGAUCUUCAAUGUUUUCAUCUCUGAUGUUCCUGCUGUUAAACCAUAUGAAAUGAAGGAGGGAGAAUCUGUCACUUUAGAUGCUGGUGUAACAAAACACUCAAAUAAUGUGAUGACGUGGUAUUUUAGUGACACUCUCAUCGCUGAAAUCACUGGAGAUCAGAAUAAGAUCUGUACAGAUGAUCAGUGUAAUAAGAGAUUCAGAGACAGACUGAAACUGGAUCAUCAGACUGGAUCUCUGACCAUCACAAACAUCAGAAUCACAGACUCUGGAGAUUAUAAACUCAAGAUCAUCAUCAACAGCAGCAAAUUCAGUAUCACCAGAGUGAAGAGAUUCAGUGUUUCUAUCACUGCUGUUCCAGAUUCAGGUUUGUCUGCAGCUGCUGUAGCAGGAGUUGUUGUUGGUGCUGUUCUGCUGGUUGCUGCUGUUGCUGCUGGUGUGGUUUACUGUAACCGCAGGAGCCGUACAGUAUUAUAACAGAAUGUAAGUAUUACAUACAGCUGAUUAAACUAAAUAUGAUUUUAUGAUUUCAAUAUGAUGAUAUGAUGAAUUUGUAACAAACCGAAGCAGAUCUUUACCAGUGAGGCAGUGUCAAAACAAUCAAAAACACAAACAACUCCCAAAUAGAGUUGAGCGAUGUCCACUAAAUGUGACCCACUAAAGGGACAUGGUCAGCUGCUUGCUAGUGGUAGCCUGUUACAUUACAGUAUAUAAAAUUGCACCACUGACAAGCAUCUAAUCUUGUAAAACAUGUGAUAAGUACUGCCGCUCUACAGAGCAACUGCGAUCGCAAAUCU